CGGGCAUGGGUAAAGCUCUUGCGAAUACUGGCUCUAGCAAGCAUGGUUGGGAUUACUGUUCAAAAAAAAUACCGACAGGCCCACACUCCAGCUCACUCACAAUGCCUAGCAAUUUGAGAGAUGAACCCGUCCACGUGAUCGCUGAAAUUUCCAUCAAUUUUAUCACAAACAAUUUUUUUUUUGAGUCCCCUUCCUUGAAAUUCAACAUUCGAAAUGCACCACGGAAAGCAUGUUCGUCGCUUGAACCGAACGUCGGCUCAUCGAAAGGCCAUGCUUAGAAACAUGGUUUCGGCCCUUAUAAAACAUGAGCGAAUCGAAACGACCUUGCCCAAGGCUAAGGAAUUGAAGAAAAUCGCUGACAAAAUGAUCACUAUUGGCAAGAAGGGAGACUUUAAUGCUAAGCGAAGUGCUAUGGCGUACUUGCGGGAACAUGGCACUACCAUUCCUAUUCUGUUCGAUACCCUUGCCCCUCGAUUCGCCAACCGUAACGGAGGAUACACUCGCAUUCAGCGUAUUGGUCAGCGAUAUGGUGAUAAUGCCCCUAUGGCUGUCAUUGAAUACAUUGACGGAAAGAACGACUUGAAGAAGGAAUUUGUCACCAAGCAGAUUGCUCAUGCUUUGUCCCCAGCUUCAGGCAAACCUAUCCCCAACAUGUCCGUGGAAGAUAUUCUCGCUGGAAAGGGAGAGGUCUUGGGUGGAAACAAGUUCCAGCGUGAUCUUAAGAAGUUGCAGAACUCAUCUAAUGCCGCAUCCCUCAAAACUGGUAUCGAAGCUGAACUGGCAAAGCUUUCUGAGCAAAUGUCAAGCGCAAAGCUUUAGACUUCUCUAUACGAUCUCUUUCUUCCCUCCCCGCAUGCUCGGCUGUUCAUCAUAGCAUGUGGUUUUGUAUAGAUUUACUUUGAAAUUCGGGUUUAUGUCCUUCAAGGUUCUCUUUUUUUCUUUUCCAAUAAAAUGUAGAAUAAUUUCCAUAGAAGAAACAGAGGCAGAUGGCAUAGGAGCACCAUUUCUUAA